CGGAAGGACGUCUUGCAGGGCUCAUCUGUCAGGCCUUCGAGCCUUGGACCAAACCCUUGCUGCGAGGAUGGCAACCGAGAGAGGCUCGCAAGUUCUAAAGGAAGUCGCCGCAAUCCAGGCCAGCAAGCCGUCCACUCCAGUCAAGCUCGACCUCCCAAAAUGCGGGCACCCCAACAACAGCGCUGGUGUGAUUUUGGCUCACGGAGCCGGUGGUGACAUGGAUUCAGGAUAUCUGCCGCUGCUUGCGGCGCAGCUUGCGGCUGCUGGCUUUGCGUGCGUGCGCUUUACCUGCAAGCCGCCGCACCUGCCCACGCGCACCGCUGCGUUUCAGGCGGUGCUUCGCGCGGCGGCGACAGAGUGGCCGGAGACACGCGGCGUGCGGCGCUGGUUCGUGGCGGGUCACUCUAUGGGCGGUCGGGCGGCGUGCGAGGUCGCACACAGUAGCUGGCACCAGCACCAAGACCACCAGCAGCAGCAGCAGCAGCAGCAGCAGUAUAAGCACGGAAGCAAUCAACGGCAAGACGGGCUGCCGGCUCAGAGUCUGGCGCAGGCGGCUGCAGGAGCGGGCACUGACGCAUGCACGGACACGGGCGCCGCCGAGCCGGCGACGAAGCGACCGCGCAGCGCUGCUUCCGGGGAUGGGGCUUCGGCUGGGGCGCGGGUCAACAUCACAGCGCCUGCAGCAGCGGAAGCGCAAGGAGCAGGCGCGUCAGAGGAACAACAGCCGCACGAGCAUCAGCACGGCGGCCAGGAGCACGAGGCGGUAUUGGGGGAGCUAGACGCCGCUGCGGGUGUGCUGGCCACUGCAGCCGCUGCUGCUGCGCCAGAACGCCGGCGCGGGCCAGCACGUGCGGGGAGGGCGGGCUCCGGGCCGGCGGCGCAGAGAGCCACGAAGGAGCUCAAGGAGGCGGGCGGUGGGGAAGGCAGCGGCAGUCGUGGCGACUGCGGCGGCGCAGCAGGGCCUGAAACGGCGCGGCAGGAACCGAAGCAGGCACGCGGGGCGAAGCGGAGCAAGCAGGCAUCGGUAGCGCGCAUCAGUGACGCAGCGAAGAGGGGUGAGGGUGCAGGCGCCGUGUCGGAGGCAGCGCUGCCGCGUGUGCAGGGCUGCGUGCUGCUGUCGUACCCGCUGCACCCGCCCGACAAGCCGACGGAGCUGCGCGACCGCCCGCUGGUGGGGCUGCGGCUGCCGGUGCUGUUCGUGCGCGGCAGCCGGGAUGCCUUCAGCCUGCCGGAGCAGCAGUGGGAGGAGGUGCUGGGCCGCAUGAGGCAGGCGGGCUGUGACUCGCUGCAGGUCCACACAGUGGAGGGCGGCGACCACGGCCUGGCCGUACCCAAGAGCCUCCUCCGGGCUGCCGCUGCUGCUGCUGCCGCUACAGCUGCUGCCGCUACAGCCACUGCCGAUACUGCUACCGCCACUGCCACGGCCAUUGGGUCAGGGCGCGUAGGCAAGGGCAAGCGGGCCGGUGCCAGACAGGAGCCCAAGCAGGGCACGACCGUGCAAGGCUCCGGCUCGGCGGGGCAGGUUGCGAUGGCGCUGGAAGCGGGCGGGUCAGAUGGAGGAAAAAGUGGAGCCGAGGGCACUGCUACGCCUGUUGAUGCGGCUAUCAGGGCGGUAGUGGGCUGGUUGGCUGAGCAGUGCUCAGGCUGCGCAGCAGGUGCGAGUGUGUAGGCGUGGGGGAACGUCAGACAUGCGGAGGGUUGCUGUCACCGCACCCAAGGAUAAUCAGCUCAGGGGCAGGAGGCGAUUCGCACGUUCUCUAGCAGCUUCCGGCCUGAUUAACUGGGGACUCGGGCAUAUGGUGGGUUGCCUGGCAGAGGGGUUACAUCUAUGGAUCAAAGCGACACCACGAUUGUAUUGCGUGUAAAACUGUGGAAGGAUGCCUGGGCACCCAUCUUCGCUUUCCUAUCCGGGUAGAUCCGGGCGCCUUCAGCGCAACAGGCCACCGGGGGUUACCCAUGAACCAUAUUUGUUAUCCGUUGCACGCCAGUGUGCACCGAAUGCACUGAUGCACUAGUGCAAUGUCCUCUCUGGCAACGGCACCAACCUGUACAGCGACUACUUGGACCCUGACUGGCCCCGAAAACGGAAUGGGGG